UCUCUGGGUGACCUGGAAGUGCUUCUCCUUUUGGUGGUAGAGAAAGGAGACUGUAGAGGUCUGUUGGGUGGAAGUGGUGGUGGUUCUCUGUUUUCAUUAUGCAACGCUUAUUCUUUCCGCCCUUGAAAGCCUUGAUGGGGAGCCCGUGUCUCCGGAUCUUCGUUCAUAGGGUGGCGCCUAGAGCACAGUGUGGUUACAGCUGUGGGAUCAGGCACCCAUUGAGGCCAGGGCAAUACAGCACCAUCUCUGAAGUAGCUUUGCAAUCUGGAAGGGGUAAAAUGUCCCUUCCCUCGAAGGCUGCUGAGCGGGUGGUAGGCCGAUGGCUCCUGAUCUGCAGUGGAACAGUGGCUGGAGCAGUUAUUCUUGGUGGAGUGACUAGGUUGACAGAGUCUGGCCUCUCGAUGGUAGACUGGCAUUUAAUAAAGGAGAUGAAACCACCUACAAGCCAAGAGGAAUGGGAAGCAGAAUUCCAAAAAUACCAGCAAUUUCCAGAAUUUAAAAUCUUGAACCAUGAUAUGACAUUGGCAGAAUUCAAGUUCAUCUGGUACAUGGAGUACUCACACCGAAUGUGGGGGCGCCUUGUAGGCCUCGCCUAUAUCCUGCCUGCUGCCUACUUUUGGAGAAAGGGCUGGCUCAGCCGUGGCAUGAAAGGACGUGUUCUUGCCCUAUGUGGCUUAGUCUGCUUUCAGGGUCUAUUAGGAUGGUAUAUGGUGAAAAGUGGACUGGAAGAAAAACCUGACUCCCAUGAGAUCCCUCGGGUCAGUCAGUACCGCCUCGCUGCCCACCUGGGAUCAGCCCUUGUUCUUUACUGCGCCAGUUUGUGGACCUCGCUCUCAUUGCUGCUCCCACAGCACAAGUUGCCUGAAACCCGUGAACUCCUAUGGUUAAGGCGAUUUGCUCAUGGAACAGCAGGCCUAGUGUUUCUUACAGCUCUCUCAGGAGCUUUUGUGGCAGGGCUGGAUGCUGGGCUUGUUUACAACUCUUUCCCUAAGAUGGGAGAAUCCUGGAUCCCAGAGGAUCUCUUUACCUUCUCCCCCAUCCUAAGGAAUGUUUUUGAGAAUCCCACCAUGGUGCAGUUUGAUCACCGUAUACUGGGAAUCGCUUCAGUCACUGCCAUUACAGUGCUUUACUUCCUCUCCCGGAGAAUUCCCCUUCCUCAAAGGACCAAGAUGGCAGCAGUGACUCUGCUGGCUUUGGCCUAUACACAGGCGGGCUUGGGCAUUAGCACUCUGCUGAUGUACGUACCAAUUCCUUUGGCUGCCACUCACCAGUCAGGCUCCCUGGCUCUGCUCAGCGUUGCCCUUUGGCUCAUGAACGAACUCCGACGUGUCCCAAAAUAAUUUUCAAGAGGAUCAGCCUCUUAGAACUGAAUCUGCUUUUGAAAGUUCAUUAUAGAGCACAAGCACUUGGGCUUUUCUAAGAGGAUGACCUUGACAUACCAAGCAGUUUCCAAACUUGGUCAAGUUGUUUAAAACUCUUUGCCUGUUUUUUGAGACAAGGUCGCUGGACCAAGAAUGUCAUUGCUUGUGUUUUAUGCUAAAGCUUCCUUUGUAAAUCAGGUAACUUUCAUAUUGAAAAUCAGGUUUAGCAUAGAGAAAGAAAUGCCUACCAUUUGCUCCUUCUUAAUAGGUUCUAUCUCAGGUUUCAAUGUUGACGAGUUCUUGGUUCUCCAUGCAUGAUUUAUGUCUCUGUGGUCUCCUGAGUCUGGAAUUCUGCAGAAGUGGAAAUUUUUUAUGAUCUUAACUUCACUUCCAUCAGGUGAAGAUUCAAAGGGAAGGAUUGCACACCCUAGAGCCAGCUAGCUUUUAGCAAGCUAGUAUCCCAGUUUUCAAAAAUGGAGAAAGGGUAGAUUUUGACAAGCUUAAUGUCUAUAUGCAGCAAAAUGUUUUAUAAGUUCUUGGAAAAGGAGAUAAUCACUAGUAACCCACUUAGAUUUAUCAAGUACUACCCCAGUUACUCUUGAUAGUGUUGUUAUAUCACUAAGUCAGAGAAAAGGAAUACACAGUAUAAAUUUGAUCCUAAAAGGCAGAAAAGUAUUUCACAAGAAAAAUAUGGCCAUAAUGGUAGCACAUGGAAGUCUAUUCAGAUGUUUAAACAAGUUGUUGAUUAAUGAAUUGUGUGCUCUUGGUCUCUUGGUCUCUUGGUAUUUCAUAGGGCUUUAUUUUAUUCAGUUUUUUUUUUUUAAUCAGUUAUUUGGAUGAAGGCAUCAGAAACAUCAUAUUCGAGGAUAGAACAAUCCAGCACAGCUAACACAACUGAAAACAGCCCCAGAAUGACAUUAUCAAGAUGAAAUUAAAUAGAUUAUGAAGUCCUCAUUUACAUUAAAUAAAUUGUAGAAGUUUGGGUUGGAAAAACCUGACUUCUUAGCAUUUCAUAUGAAAAAGACUUUGAGAUUUCAGUUGGCUACAGGCUCUGUGUGAACCAACAACAUGAUGACACUGAUAAAAACUAGUGAUGUUUCAGAUUUUAUCAAUAGAAGUGUCACAGGCAGAUCAUAACUGGAAACAGAAUGCCUCUGUGGUGUUGUAUUUCACUCUGGACCACUAAGCAUGAUCCAGAGAGAGACCAGGAUGGUGAAAAGUACAGAGAUCAUAUCAGACAGAAUAGCUGAAGGAACUAGGUUUAUUUAAUUGUAAAAGAGAACACUGGGGAAGAGAGCAGGAUUCCUGUCUUUGAGAAGUUGAAGCCCUCUCCUGUAGAAGAGAGAAUGAGAUUACUUUGGGCUCCGGAGAUGGGCAGUGGAUGAAAGUUGCAGGAAGGAAUUUUUUUAGUUGUCAAAGGCAGGAGUAGGUUGGACAGAGUAAAUGCCCACCGGAGUCAGGGUGGUGGUGACAGUGGCAGUAGACUUUAGCAGCUGCCCCAAGUAAAGGGCUAAGCCACUACUGAGCUCUGGCCUAUUGCUGCUCUGCAGACCCAGCACUGCUAGAUCUUGUUCCUUAAAGAAACCAAACAUCUCGAUUUUUAUAUGAAGGCUCUCAAUUUAAGUGUUGGCAACAAAUUUCAAAUUUUUAAAAACAUGCAGACUAAUCAACACAUCCUGGGAGCCAUUUAAAAGACCCAAGGUUUGCCUGUUUACAGUCUCUGGACUAGAUGAUCUCAUUUUCCUUUCAACGCCAGUACUCUGUGCAUUUCAGCGGGUCCUAUAGUGUGUGUCUGGGGAAACCUUUCUGAGGUAGUUCUUAGCAAAACAGAGGUUAGAUGGUUUUUCUUCAAUUUUUCAAAAAUCCUGGAUCUUGGUGGGCUUAUGCUAUUGUCUAGCAUUCUAGAGUUGUUUUGAGACUUGCUCACACCCCAGACUGAUUCCCAACUUCUACGAAGUUAGAAUCUUUUUAAAAUUCCCAAGUCGAAGUCUCACCCCAGGCCAAUUAAAUCACAAUCUCUGAGAGAUAACAGGCAUCAGGAUUUUUUAUGUUCCCCAGGUGAUUCCCAUGUGGAGACAAAUUUGGGAACCUUUGGCCUGGUGCCUAAUAGCCUCCUUUCCUUAGAAAAACCUGACAAGCUUGUUCCCAUUCCCCUUUGAAUUCCCACCCCGUCCUUAUUUAAUCUGUUCUGUUGAUCCUGUUAGUGUGUAACAGUAUAUCACUUUUAAAUAGCAGAAUUCUUUCUUUAAAGAAAGGGAACUGCAGUCACUGGACAGAUACCCACCCACACCAUCUCAUCCACAGACCUAGACUUUCCUUAGUUAAUUAACAAUCAGCAGAGGGCAGUAUCAUCCAACCAAGAGAAAGUAUGCUAAUGAUGCUACAUUUCCUGCCAAGCAAGUAGCAACUCAUGAAUAAAACAAGUUCAAGUUUCAGAUGUUUUACUUCAUUUUUCUUUUAUUAAAGAUGAUUGAAUAAGUUUGGGGAAACAUCUGGUUGCAUUUAGAUACAUAACUGUAUUAUGCCUAUCUAUGAGCUCUUGGCGAACAGGGAUUAUCUUAAUUACCUUUUCAUUUGUAGUAUCCCUAGCACCACCAGACACAUUUCAAAUAUUGAAUGAAUGAAUACAUGAAUGAAAAGUGGAUGAUUACAGAUUGAUGUCCCAAACACCUCUUUCAAUAAAAAAAAGAAAUAGGUAUUAUAAAACCAUAAAAUGGAAUGAAGAUCUGAUACAUGCUAUAACAUGAAUGAACCUUGAAAACUUGAUUCUAAGUGAAAUAAGCCAGACAUAAAAGGACAAAUACUGCAUGAUUCCACUUAUAUGAAAUAUUUAGAAUAAACCAAUUGAAAGAGAUAGAACGUACGUUAGAGGUUACCAGGGGCUGAGGCGGAAGGGGGAGGAGAAAUGGGGAGUUAUUGCCGAAUGGGUACAGUUUCUGUUUGGGGUGAUGAAAACAUUUUUGUAAUAGAUGAUGUUGAUGGUAAUACAGCACUGUCAGUGUAAUAAUGCCACUGAAUUGUACACUUAAAAAUGGUUAAAUGGUAAAUUUUGUUAUGUAUAUGUUACCACAAUUUUUACAAAGGGAUUAAAUGUAUUAAUAUUUUCAAA